AAACAACUUCCUAUAAUGUAGGAUUAUAAACAAUUUACAUCCUCAAAUUCUCAAACAAAAUUUUACCAAUAAUAUCAUUCAUUUCACUAUAUAUAUAUUGCUUUCAUUUUUCUUACAAAAUCUCAAGCCAAGAGGUAACAACUUGCCUCUUACAUAAUUAACCCCACAUUUUUUUUUGUUUCAAUUAAUUGAAUUAAUUGAAAUUAAUAAUGGGGGCUAAGAAGAUUGCAAUUGCUAGCAUUGCUUCAAUUCUUUUAGUAGCUUGUGUGGUUGCUGCAGCCAUCACAUUUACCAGCAAGAGGAAUGAAGAUAAUUCAUCCACUAACAAUAAUAAUGCUGAUUCCAAAAUUUCAACUGCUAUAAAGUCUGUUCAUUCUAUUUGUCAACAAACUGAUUACAAAGAAACUUGUGAAAAAAGUCUUGCCAAUGCCAACAACACUAGUAAUCCAAAAGACCUAAUUAAGGUGGCGUUUAGCGCCACGAUUAACGAACUCUCAGACGCGAUAAAGAAGUCCUCUUCAUUGAUCAACGAGGCCGCGAAGGACCCCAGAACAAAAGAUGCAUUGAACACCUGUGAAGGCGUCCUCAAUGUCGCGGUUGAGGACAUGAAAAGAUCGUUCGAAGGAAUGGAGGUGUUGGAUGUGACUAAGUUAGUCAAGGGUCACGCGGAGGACCUCAAGACAUGGCUCAGCGGGGCCAUCACGUAUCAAGAAACGUGUCUAGACGCUUUUGAGAACACGACCGGCGAGACCGGGAAGAAAAUGAGGGAACUUUUGAAAACGUCAGGGGAACUAAUGAGUAAUAGUUUAGCUAUGGUUUCGAAUUUUGACAAGGUUGUUAAGGACCUCAACAUAAAGAUACCUGGCGUAAAUCGACGAUUAUUAAGUGUUCAUGAAAGGAUGCUACAUCAAAUUAAUACUCAUGGGAAGCCCAAUGCAAUUGUUGCACUUGAUGGUAGUGGACAAUAUAAGUCUAUCAAUGAAGCCCUUAGAGCUGUGCCACAAAAAAAUACACAAAAGUUUGUUAUAUUCAUUAAGGCUGGUGUAUACAAAGAGUAUGUUGAAGUCCCAAGAAAAAAGAACAAUAUUGUUUUUAUUGGUGAAGGCCCAACAAAGACCAAAAUUACUGGUAACAAGAAUUAUGCUGAUGGUACUGGCACUUUUCAAACGGCCACAGUUGCAAUCAAUGGAGACAACUUCAUAGCUAAAGACAUUGGAAUAGAGAACACAGCAGGCUCAAUAAAGCACCAAGCCGUAGCCCUUCGUGUCUCAGGCGAUAUGGCAAUUUUCCACAACUGUCAAUUCGAUGGCUAUCAAGACACUUUAUACGUCCACUCCUAUCGCCAAUUCUAUCGAGAUUGCACCAUAACCGGAACCAUAGACUUCAUCUUUGGUGACGCUGCAGCCGUGUUCCAAAAUUGCAAGAUGAUCGUUAGAAAACCAAUGGCUAACCAAGCCUGCAUGGUUACGGCCCAAGGCCGUAAAGAUAGACGUGGUGUAGGUGCCAUUGUCAUGCAAAAUUGUGAAGUUUUGGCAACACAAGAAUUUAAAGCAACUCAACCACCUAUUAAAGCAUAUUUAGGAAGACCAUGGAAAGAAUUUUCAAGAACAAUUAUAAUGCAAUCAUUUAUUGAUGGAUUUAUUGAUCCACAAGGAUGGUCAGUAUGGGCAGGGAAUUUUGCAUUAGACACAUUGUAUUAUGCUGAAUAUCAAAAUAGGGGUGCUGGGGCAAGUCGUUUUAAUAGGGUAAAUUGGAGGGGUUAUCAGAAAAAUAUUUCACCACAAGUUGCUGCUGGAUUUGCUCCUGGAGUUUUUAUGAUGGGUGAUGAGUGGAUUAAAUUGAGUAAUGUUCCAUAUGACUCUAGGUUGAGAUAAAGGUUUAAUUUGUAAUUUGGUAUGGGUAUUCUUUAUGGAUGACUUUGUAAUAUUUAAGUGAAAUUAUUUUCCCAUAAAAAAUUCAUUUUAUUGGACUUA